AUGACUCCACACCAGAUCACACAUUCAUCUGACUGGUUAGGAACUCGGUUUCCUGAAAUGUCCGAAAUGGAUGAGGCACUACGCUGCGAUAUUUGUAAGGAACUAAUGACAGCUCCUGUAAUGACUGGUUGUUCACAUACAUUUUGUUCUCUUUGCAUUCGACGAGUACUUGUUGCUGAACAAAAAUGUCCGACUUGUCGACAUUCAGCAUCUGAGUCGCAGUUAAGACGGAAUGGGUCGGUUGAGAUGUGUUUGGAGGUAUUUUCCAAAGUGCGGAGCCGGUUGCUGGAUCUAACACGAGGGAGUGGUAAAAGUGAAGAGAAAUCAAAUAAAGCAAGGCCAGUAGAAGAACCAAAACUAGUUGAAGGAGCAAAAUAUGGAGAAGAAGCAAAUAAUAAUAAUAAUAAUAAUAAAGAAAUUCAGAGAGAUCAGGAACCAAAACCAGUACAUAAACAAAUACCCUCACAGAUUCCCGAAAGGCAUGCGCCAUGUCCAGUAUGCAACAAGGUUUUGCCAAUCAAAGAAAUUCAGAGCACUCACAUUACUGAAUGUCUUUCCGGAAUGUCUACUCCACUUGGAGUUACUACACGAACGCAGGCCGUUUCUUUACCACGAACAAGAUCGAGUGUUGUUUCCAACAGUAGCAAUCAAGCAAUGACUUUAACUACAGUUAGUAGUAGUAAUAGUAGCAUCAGCAUCAGCAACAGUAGCAGCAUCAGCAACAGUAGCAGCAGCAUUAGUAGCAGUACCAACAAUAACAAUUCGACCACAACUCCGUUUACAUUUAGAACUAGACGACAAGCUCGGUUGGCACAAACAGAGGACAUGCGGGUGAAACUUCCACGGACCAACGAUUGGAACUCGUCAGUGUCAAAGCUGCGGGCACGGCUGACACGACUUGGGAUUCCUUCGCAUGGAUCGGGGCGCCAAGAUUUGUUGCGACGUGAAACAGAGUGGAUUACUUUGUGGAACGCCAAUGCGGACCGAAAAGAACCGCUGCCACGGUCCAAGUUACUUGUACAACUUUCAGAAUGGGAAGAAGCUGAGCGAUUAAGUAAAUCACAGCGCAGUUUACUUGUGCAACAACUGCCGCCACCACCGUCGUCGUUGUCGUCGUCGUCGUUGUCGUCAUCGUCUUUAUCAUCAUCUUUGGAAACUGCAAUGGCUAAUAAUAAUAGUGCAGGGUCAUCUCCGAGCAAAAAAAAUAAUAACAAGAAUACAAUUGUGGGGGGACAAGGCACUCAACCGUUAAUACCAUUUAUUCCUACGGACCUCAAGAGUCUGAACCGGGACUUAUACUCACGGUCACAUGAUGCUGCGUUCCGUGAGCUGACUGCACAAGCGCGUGCCACUCUUAAACGGAAGGCAUCAGAAGCAGCAAGUGAAUCUGGGGUUGUUGUUGUUGCCACUGGGAAAGAGAAUGAAAAUACUGGAGGUAGUAACAAGAAACAAAAGAAAGAGGAAGAGACUCAAGCUGGGUCAACAGUUGAGCAGGCAGCAUAA